CCACUCUGAAGGCUCGUGCAGCUGGUUCGCAUUUGAUUGUGUGGUGCGUGUGUGUGAAUGUGUGCGUGUAUGAAUGCGAACAAGUUGAUAUUUUGCUAUUUUCUUCCGAACCUAUUCCAAAUUAGCUGCGGAAUUUAGUCGGGUUGCCGGUGAGUAAAGUCAAUUUUCAGUGCCACCCGGCGAGAAGAAAACCACUCCAAAAUUAACGCCGAUUGAAAUGAACUCGAAAAUAACAAGUUUGCUACCUACGCACAUCCGCUGAAUAUAAACCACGACUGCGCAGUUUAAACAUUUUGCGUUUUAAUUUGGCUGUCCUCUUUGCUGCAGUCGAUAGUCUCUAGCAGCUGACGGUGUUGUUGUUUUUUAGGGGGAGGAGGGCUGUCAGUUGUAAAGAAUCCCGUGUGCCUUAUUGUAUGAGCAAGGUCUUUCCUCCUAGCUUAUGAAGUCGUGUCCGCGAUAUAAGCGCCAGCAAUUAAAACGUAAGGGGAUAAGCCAUAAACUGGUCAACUCAACAUGCUAAAGACCCUGACCAAGAAGCUAAGAAGACACUCACUAAAUGAGAUUCACCCUUUCCAACUCAAGUUUUCUUAUCAUGGCGGUGGUGAAAGUGAUGACUCAGAGGGAGAGAACCAGGAGCUUGUACAAAUAGAUCGAGAGAGGCGGCGAAACUGUGCCCUCACCCCCUUGGCUACAAGCCAGCAGCACAACCAGGGUGCCCUCUCCCCAGCUCGUUUACGACGCCUCCGACUCCUUCUUGACGCCAAUCUGGAUCGCCACUCCUCAGAGGAAGAGCUGGAGCGAAUCAGUUGCAGUGACAAUAGGAAGUGGAUGUCUGCACUUCCGCAACGCCACAGUGAUCACCACAGCAGUGCGUCCAGUGAUGAGGAGGUGCGGGACCUAUGUGGCUGCGGUUCGCCGGCUGCCACCACCAGGCCUCUGGUUGAGUCUGAUACUUGCCUGGCUGCCACCUCCAGCCCUGUCCUCUUCAGCUCCAGCCCACCAUGCAGCAUCAAACCACCCCCAAUGCGCUUUCAGCUCCAAGUGGUCCCCCCAGUUGCUCGACCUAUAAUUUUAUCCCACUUUGAUCAAUCAGCACCUUAUAGAAAGUACCGGCACAGUUACAGUGGAGAGUUGGGGAGGCCCAGUCUUGAUUUAGAGAAAAUGCAACAGAAAAUGCUGCUGAAAAAGAACUGUGGAGGGAAAACACGAACCAUAAAGAUUCGGACUUUGACCGGCAGUCGUCCUCCGCCCAGAUAUACGUACGAUCCCUCCAUUUUCGCCUUCCGCUCUUUGAGCACAGUGCCCCUAUCUGAGGAUCCUCCAUGCUCAUGAAAAUAACAGCCCACUGCUAAAUGAAGCCUAUCCUUCCUUCUGUCAAAAGAAUGACUGUUAUGAUACAGACAUUAAUUUGCUGGUCCAACUAUUGCACACUCAGGUAUUCCCACACUCUAACAAUGUCACUUUGAUUCUUACUCUUUAAGUUAAAUCAGCUUUUGGAGACUACAAUGGCCUAAACGUAACAUUUCUAAGGAUGGUUCAGGUUUUUGUAUGUAUACGUAUUAGUCCCUUGAAUAUACCUGGGUUUGAAAGAAAUGAGCACAUUUAAUUUACCACAGGGGUAUAAAGCCACAAGUUCGACUUGAUUCCACAACUACGACUUGACUUUGAAGUUUUGGAUUAGAUCACUUUCAAGGGAGCUAAUGCAUGUCAGACAAUCAAAUGGUUCCAACGUUUCUUCCUUCAGUGUGUGUAUUGACAUCUCAUAAGGUUAUUGGUAACUUCUUCUUCUUAACAAGGUGAGUUGAGACAGCCAAUAUCCUAAUGUUUAGAUGUUAAAUCUCACAUUUGCCUACCUGAAAAGCAACUUUUUUGGAUGUGUUGUUCUUUGAAUAUGCAGGUCAUGAUGAGCUAUAACAACAUAUGACUGUAGUUCAAUCUAGUUGACUUUUGAUGUCUGUUUUUCAAUGAAUAUGAAUUGUUAGUCUGGGUCAAGUACUUGUAUCUUCUUUCCUUGCAUUGCAUGAAUUCCACUGUUUUGCAGAAAGAGAGGUAUGUGGGACUAAAGAGUAAUGAAUAGUUUGCUGCACAUUUGGCAAGUGUAAUUGGUGCUGUGUUUUGCAUAGCCAACUUGUAGUGUGCCAUUUUAUUUUUCAAUGUUGUACCUCAUUACUUUUUAGGUAGAAGAGGACCACUGCUAUGUCUUUUUAAUGCCUUGAAAUAACAUUCCUGUUGUUUUGAAUGGGACCUGAGGUAGGUCACCGCUCACAACUUGAGCUGAUCAAUUGAUUGAAAACCAACGUCGCCAUUGAUGAAUGUAACAUUGUGACAAGUUUGUCAGCCCUUGUUGCACAAAAUGAAUCAAAUAAAUGUUCUGUGGCCUCUUGUUGAAGCGUGAUU